AUGACGUUGGAGAUAUCGUUGAGCAGGUCGAAUAUCCCUUUAGUGACCGUUGCCUUCAUCUUCUCUCAUGAGCUCUUUGCCUUGUCACCUCUCAGGACUUUCACAAUUAUUAAUUUCUUGUUAGUGUUUCCUGUGGUUUUCACAGGGAGCUCCGAUGCUAAUCUCUCUACUAAAUUCUAUUGUAAGACUUGUCCAAAAGUCCUCCCUAUAGUGAAAUCUGUUGUUGAAUCUGCGGUUUCUAAAGACAGUCGCAUGGGUGCUUCUCUCCUUCGCUUACACUUUCAUGAAUGUUUUGUCAACGGGUGUGAUGCGUCAGUACUCCUUGAUGACACUUCUUCAUUUACAGGGGAGAAAACUGCUUUUCCGAACAACAAUUCACUAAAAGGGUUCGAAGUUGUGGAUAAGAUAAAAUCAAAGUUGGAGAAAGUGUGUCCUGGCGUAGUUUCUUGUGCUGAUAUUUUAGCCAUUGCAGCUCGUGACUCAACAGUGUUUCUUGGUGGGUUAAGUUGGGAUGUUAAACUUGGAAGAAGGGAUUCCAAAACAACCAGCUUCGCUGCAGCCAAUAGUAGUGGCUUCCUCCCUGUUGCCACUUAUAACCUUAGCAGCCUUAUCCAGACAUUCAAGGCCCAAGGUCUCUCUACCAAGGACUUGGUUGCAUUAUCUGGAGCGCAUACAAUCGGGCAAGCAAGGUGCAUAAGUUUUAGAAGUCGCAUAUACAAUGACGCCAUCAUUGAUAGUUCAUUCGCUAAGACUAGGCAACAAAACUGUCCCAACACUUCUGGAUCAGGAGAUAACAUUUUAGCCCCAUUAGACCGGCGAACUCCAAAACAUUUUGACAAUAAGUACUAUAAGAACCUUUUAAAGAAAAAGGGCUUACUUCACUCCGAUCAAGUUUUGUUCAGUGGUGGAUCCACCGAUUCAUUGGUCAAGUUAUACAGUAAAAAACGUAAAGCAUUCAGUUCUGACUUUGCUGCUGCAAUGAUAAAGAUGGGAGACAUUAGUCCUCUCACUGGAUCUAGUGGUGAGAUUAGGAAGAACUGUAGGAAGCCAAAUUGA